UCCAGUUCUGUGACAUGAGAUAACCUAAAAUAUUUAAUAAAUUAUAAAUACCAAAUAAUUAGUAAAAAUGACGAUUUUUAAGCUGUUUCAAGCGCCUCAAUACCUAAAAAAUGCCGCUAAUCUCCUAAAAUUUUCUCUCGACUCGAACUCAAAAUUCAUGUCCAGUUAUGCAAAAUACGCCGAACACAAAGACCUGAGAUCAAUCCGAAACAUUGGAAUCUCCGCACAUAUUGACUCGGGCAAAACUACUUUAACUGAAAGAAUAUUAUUUUACACAGGCCGGAUAGAGGCCAUGCACGAAGUCAAAGGUAAAGACAAUGUUGGUGCCACUAUGGAUUCAAUGGAACUGGAACGACAACGAGGAAUCACUAUUCAAUCCGCCGCCACUUAUACUCUAUGGAAAGACCACAAUAUUAAUAUAAUCGAUACACCAGGUCAUGUGGACUUUACUGUUGAAGUUGAGAGAGCUUUAAGAGUUUUAGAUGGGGCUAUUUUGGUGCUUUGCGCUGUCGGUGGGGUGCAAAGUCAAUCGUUAACCGUCAACAGGCAGAUGAAAAGGUAUAAUGUUCCUUGUUUGGCUUUUAUCAAUAAGUUGGACAGAUUGGGGGCAAAUCCUACAAGAGUUUUGUCACAAAUGAGGUCAAAAAUGAACCACAAUGCUGCCUUCAUCCAACUCCCAAUUGGUGUUGAAAGUAACUGCAAAGGAAUAAUUGAUUUAAUCACACAAAAGGCCAUUUAUUUCGAGGGUGACUACGGGGACAACUUGCGCUACGAUGAAAUCCCCCAGGACAUGCGCACUGAGUCGUCGGAACGUCGUCACGAACUGAUCGAACAUUUGUCCAACGCUGACGAACACCUGGGAGAACUUUACUUAGAAGAGAAACCAAUUGAAGAAAAGGAUAUUAAGGCGGCAAUAAGAAGGACCUGUUUGAAGAGAACAUUCACUCCAGUUUUAGUGGGCACCGCCCUGAAGAAUAAAGGAGUUCAACCCCUGUUGGAUGCUGUGUUAGAUUAUCUGCCAAAUCCUGGGGAAGUUGAGAACUUUGCUCUGAGAGAACAGGAGGGAAAAGAACCGGAAAAAGUACCGUUAAACCCUGCCAGAACUGCCGACAAUCCAUUCGUAGCGCUUGCCUUCAAACUGGAGGCGGGCAAGUUUGGACAACUGACUUACAUGAGAUGUUACCAAGGUUGUCUCAAAAAGGGAGAAACAAUCUACAAUGUGAGGACCCAGAGAAAAGUCAGAAUUGCCAGGCUGGUGCGCAUGCAUUCCAACAACAUGGAAGAUGUCAAUGAAGUCUAUGCAGGCGACAUUUUCGCCUUAUUUGGUGUUGACUGCGCCAGUGGUGACACUUUCGUUACCGAUCCCAAAUCUGAGCUGUCCUUGGAGUCGAUUUAUGUUCCGGAACCUGUCGUUUCGAUGGCUAUUAACCCAGUAAACAGCAAAGACAGAGACAAUUUCUCCAAAGCAGUAGCAAGGUUCACAAAAGAAGAUCCGACCUUCCACUUUUACUUCGACAACGACAACAAAGAAACUAUCGUGUCUGGUAUGGGUGAGUUACACUUGGAGAUUUACGCCCAAAGGAUGGAACGUGAGUACAACUGUCCGGUAAAACUAGGAAAGCCUAAAGUCGCCUUCAGAGAGACUCUGGUUUCGCCGUGCGAAUUCGAUUACUUGCACAAGAAACAAUCCGGAGGACAAGGUCAAUACGGUAGAGUUACCGGUAUCUUGGAACCUUUGCCACCAAACAAGAACACCAUGUUGGAAUUCGUAGACGAAACUGUAGGUACGAACGUACCCAAGCAAUAUAUUCCGGGUAUCAGACGUGGCUUUUUGGCCAUGGCUGAAAAAGGAUUGCUGGCAGGACAGAAAUUGUCUGGGCUCAAAUUCAGAUUGUUGGACGGUGCCCAUCACAUCGUCGACUCCAGCGAGUUGGCCUUCUUUUUGGCUGCUCAAGGAGCCAUCAGGGAAGUGUUUGAAAAGGGAAUCUGGCAGAUCCUGGAACCCAUCAUGACCGUGGAGGUGACCGCCCCAGACGAGUUCCAAGGCGCUGUUAUGGCUCAACUUAACAAACGCCACGGCAUCAUUACAGCCAGCGAAGGUACAGAAGGUUGGUUCACCAUUUACGCCGAAGUACCGUUGAACGACAUGUUCGGGUAUGCGGGUGAAUUAAGAUCGAGCACACAAGGCAAAGGAGAGUUCACCAUGGAGUACAGCAAAUACAUUCCUUGUUUGCCUGAAGUACAAGAUCAGCUGGUGCAGGAGUACCAGAAGCAAAUGGGUAUCUUACCUGAGAAGGAUAAGAAGAAAAAGAAAAACUAAAUAAUACGUAUUUAGUUAAUAUUUGAAUUAGCUUUAAUUUGUGCAGGAACUGCAAAAUGUUUUAUUAUUUAUAUUUUGUAAAUAUUUCUUGUUGUACCCAAGUAAUAAAACUGUUUUAUAAAAUAA